AUGCCGCCCCGAAUCCGUCACUUUGUCGGCGUCGAGAGCUCCGAGCAGCUCGCUUUCAUCGAUGAACUGCAUGCGUUGGGACUGAGUAGUACGAUUGAGUUGCCAGAGCUCAUCGUCCUCGGCGACCAAAACACAGGAAAAUCCUCCGUACUCCAAGCGAUAACCGAGCUGUCGUUCCCAGUCGAGGAUACAAUGUGCACGCGGUUCCCCGUGCAGAUAUCCUUUCGGCAGACGGCUGGCUCUGGCUCCGCUGCUGGGCGGCUUCGUUCUCGUGUCAAGGCUACAGUCAACCCCGGGCCCAUGACGGAGAAGGACGAUGCGUUCCUCGAGCGUGUGAAGGGUUUUGUCGUUGAGAGGGACGAGUUGGACCAGGAGGGGAUGAGGGAGAUUAUUCGGUUGGCCGAGGAGUGUAUUUUUGGUUCUCCUUCCGAGGAUGGGAAUAGAUCCGAGAAGAAACAGGUUAACGAAACUACGAAAGGAAACACAGAGAAGAAGACGAAGACGCUCUGUGAUGCGACACUGAGGAUUGAGCGCUCUGGUCCGGACGAGAUGCAUUGGACGAUUGUCGAUUUGCCCGGGUUGAUUCGGUCAGGGAGGGGUGGCUCUGCGUCUGCAUCUGGCUCUGGGAAUGGCGGGCCUGUUACGAAUGGCGAGGCGCCAUCGGCGACGAAUGCCCUUGUUGCAGAGGACAUUGUUCGGAGACGGUUAAGGAAUGAGCGGAGUAUUGUGCUCCUCGUAAUCGACGACGUCGACGUCGAGCGGCAGAAAUCCCUCGAACUAAUCGACAGCAUACCCGGCCUGACAAACCGCUGCAUCGGCAUCCUCAACAAAUGCGACAGGCGCGAAGAAGGUUCCGGCCAUUGGAUGGUCUCGCUCCUGCAAAACGACCUGUCCACUGUCCCGCAUCUCCCGCACGGCUGGUUCGGCCUGCGAAACCGGAAGCCCAUUGAAGCUGGCUCAAGCGAUAUCGAGCGAGACGAGGCUGAGGAGAAGGAGUUCAAUCAGCCGGCCUGGGCGGCUGUACCGCGGGACCGGUGCGGGAUCAAGGCGCUGAUGAGUUACGUUGAUCGCGAGCGGCGCGCACAGAUCCAAAAGGGGAUGCCGGCGAUUAUCGGUGAGAUCCGGGGCAAGUUGCGCGAGUGUGAGAGCGAGUUGAGGCGUAUGGGCGAGGCGCGGAGUAGUCCGCGUGCCCAGCGGUAUUUCGUCCUGCAGUUCUGCAACGAGAUGCAGAGGAUGGCCGAGGCCUGUCUGCGCGGACAGUAUCAGGAUAUUCCCUCGGAUGAUGGGAAGGUCCGGCUCAGGUAUCUAGUCCAGGAAAGACUUGAGCGGUUCUCUGUUUCUGUGUUUCCGACGAGAGAUGUCAAGCUUGCGUUUGGGAGUUUUGAGGCCGAGUUGAGGAAUCUGCGGGCGUUGAGUCCGGACCCGGGGACGUGGGAGGAGCGCAUCAAGCGCGAGCCUGGGAUCUAUUCUGAGAUCUAUAAAGAGGCCAUGCUCUGUCGUGGACGCAGUCUCCCGGGGAGUGUGCAUCCAGACGUCGAGGAAAAGGUCUUCCGCAAACUGUCUGCGCACUGGGAGGAGUCCGCGCGAGAGAUGGUGGAGGACGCGAAGCUGCUCGUCAAGAACUGCUACGACAUCCUACUCCGCCUCGCGAUCCCGAAUAAUCGUGUCCGCUUCGAGGUCGGCCGCGCCAUUGCCGGUGAGCUGGAGGAGUGGAAUCGCGACGCGGACAAUGCGCUCCGCGAGCUCAUCGAGGAUAACCAGGUCCGGCCGCUGUUCACGCAUAACCCGUUCUUAGAGCAGAACCUCGCGUACGCGGACCAGCAGCGGAAUGCGAUUUUCCACGGGAAACCAUCCAAGUCCUCAUCGCCAUCGCCAUCGGGUGGCGGGAAACAGAGUCCUCUUGAAGAGGAAGAGAACUUCCUCCCCAAUCUGCUGAACAAUAUCAUCCAGACGCGAGCGAAACUCGAGUGUUACUAUGAAAUUGCGGUCUAUCGGUUCAUCGACAAUGUUGCGAUGCAGGUCAUCGAGCGGCAUGUCCUCGGACCGAAAUGUCCGCUGCGAGCGGUGUCUCUGGAAACGUUUACGCAGCUUGAUAAUGAGGAGCUAGAUCGGGUGGCUGGAGAGGACAAGGCGGAUGCUUCGACAAGGCAGAGGUUGGAGAGGGCGAAGGAUCGGUACAAGAAGGCACUUGGGAAGUGGGAGCAGUUGAGUGUACUGUAG